CUGGAGGGUCGUGUGCAAUGAAGGAGGUCAAUUUAAUUCCUGAUGAUCCUUCUUCUGCUGAGUGCAUAAAACAACUGGAGCAGGAAAUCAAAAUUCUCCGUCAACUACACCACCCCAACAUUGUGCAGUAUUAUGGAAGUGAAACAGUUGGCGAUCAUUUGUACAUAUAUAUGGAGUAUGUCCAUCCAGGGUCAAUCAGUAAAUUUAUGCGUGAACAUUGUGGAGCUAUGACAGAAUCUGUGGUUCGCAACUUUACGAGGCAUAUUCUCUCUGGAUUAGCUUACUUACAUAGUAACAAACCCAUCCACAGAGAUAUCAAAGGUGCAAACUUGCUGGUCAAUAAAUCAGGCAUUGUCAAGCUUGCAGAUUUUGGGCUGGCAAAAAUAAAUAUUUGA